AUGUAUCGCAAUCCUGUUCACUGCGGGACCGAUCGCCUGCGUGCUUUGAAGUAUGUCGACGUGGACAGUGUGAACCAACGCACGGCACGCAUUGUGAAUGAAUGGGAUCGGUUGGGUCAGUUGUCUCAACGACGACGUGAAGGAAUUCAUAAAAUCUUAGAUGUGUUGAAUCACAUCGACCGAUUACAAAUGUCUUUUGCAAAACGAAUUUCGGUAAGUUUGCCGAUUGAUUGGUUGAAACGGGUGACAUUUAAUAACUGGUUGGAACAAGCCAACGAGGACUUGCAAGAUAUGUUCAUUGUGAAUAAAGUGGAAGACAUCAUGGCUCUACUGAACGGGCACGAAAACUUCAAAAAGACUUUGCCGACUGCCGAGAAAGAAUUGCGUGAAAUGCUAUCCGAGGCGCGCCAAGUGCAAGAAUUGAUUCAAAUCCAUAACUUAUCCCCACAGCUUGCAGUCAAUCCGUACACUUAUGUGGACUAUCAGACAUUGGAAUCCAGAUGGGAUGCAAUGUGCAAGCUGAUUGGACCGCGUGAUCAGGAGCUGCGUGCGGAAUUGGCACGACAAGAACAGCAUGAACAAUUACGCAGACAAUUUGCACAACUGGCCAAUCGGGCCGGGCCGCAUUUGGAACGGUUGUUGGACGCAGUUCACGCGGUUCUGAGCACGCCGAAAGUCGCCUUGGAAGAACAGUUACGCCAGCUCCAGAAAUUGGAAGAGGACGCAGAGAACUGGAGACCGAAUUUAGCCGAACUGGAACGAUGCUUCCAGUCUGUCCAAGAAGCCCGUAUCACUUACAAUCCGCACACACGUUAUACCAUGGAUACAUUACGUGUGGGCUGGGAGCAGUUGCGGACCAAUCUGAAACGUGCGCAAAAUGAAAUUGAAAACCAAAUUCUGGCCCGGGAUUCCCGUGGCGUAUCUGAGAAGCAGAUUGACGAGUGUCGUCGCUGUUUCAAUCACUUUGAUCGUCAACGAACACGACGUUUGGACCCGUUGGAUUUCCGUGCUUGCCUGGUCUCUUUGGGUUACAAUAUUCCGAAGACUCCACAAGGUGAGGCUGAUUUUGCUCGAAUCAUGAAAUCGGUCGAUCCGAAUGGCACCGGAUUUGUCACUUUCGACUCGUUUAUGCAUUUCAUGACAAGACAGACAUCUGAGGCCGAUACCGCGGAACAAAUGGUCGAAUCAUUCCGUUUGAUGGCCGGAGACAAGCCGUACAUCACAGCUGAACAGCUUCGACAUGAAUUGCCACCGGAACAGGCUGAGUAUUGUAUCAGUCGGAUGAAACCGUACAAGGGCCCUGGAGUGACGAGCGGUGACGCGCUGGAUUACACGACAUUCGCCACGGCGUUGUAUGGUGAAUCGGAACUAUAG